UGAUUGGACGGCAUCACUGUGGAAGCGUCAGUCAAGAGUUUUUUCGCUCAGUGACACUGCGGCUGUGUGUCCGGACAUGUAGAGCUCAAAGCGGCUUGGCCUUUGUUAGCGAGUCGCUGAGAAGAACCAAGACAUCCAAAGGAGCCGCAUUCAUGCACAUACAGCGAGGAAAAUGAUCAUCUGCACGAAAAAAAUGGAUUAUCGCCUUGGAUCCCAGUGCCAGUUUAUUCAAAAUCAGGUGAUGGUGAACUCUGAGAAAGACCGUGCUUCUCUCUUGUGUAUGAAGGCUCUGGCCAACAGGGGGCGUCUGGACACGGUGUCUCAGCAGAUGGCCUCUCACCCACAGUACCUGGAAAGUUUCCUGCGCACACAGCACUACAUCCUCUAUAUGGAUGGCCCAUUGCCCCUGCACUACCGCCACUACAUUGCCAUCAUGGCUGCAGCGCGGCAUCACUGUAGGUACCUGGUGUCUUUGCACUCGGCUCAGUUUCUGCGUGUUGGUGGAGACCCGUUAUGGCUUCAGGGGUUGGAGGCCGCACCCCUGCGUCUACGGCACCUUGAUCACAUCAACAAGGUCCUGGCCCAUCAGCCUUGGCUCACGGCACACUCUCACAUACAGGCUCUGCUCAAGACAGGAGAGCAGUGCUGGUCUCUGGCAGAGCUCGUUCAGGCCGUGGUUCUACUGGCCCACUGUCACUCCCUUUGCAGUUUCAUUUUCGGUUCUGGUUCUGACUCAGACACCACUUCCACUCCCAGAGUGCAUCACGGCACACCUCCUGGCUACUGUCUCUGUGACGCUGCCAACGGCAACACCGCUUUAUCGCCACCCCCUGCUGGACCCACAGAGAAGGCACUACGACGAAGGUCCUUAGACUCCAGCUGUGAAGUUGCUUGCCUUCGAGAACAAAUUAAAAAAUCACAGGAGGAGAUCAAGGAAAGAAAAGGAGACCGACUCCAUUCACAGACACUCCUACAUGCAGAUGUGGAGCAGGAGGACGAGACGAUGUUCUCCACAGACCCCUCCCGCUUCGUCACAGACCCAGAAUUCGGCUACCAGGAAUUCGCCAGACGGGAGGAGGACCAUUUCCAAGUAUUCCGGGUGCAGGACUAUUCAUGGGAGGAUCACGGCUUCUCGUUGGUGAACAGGCUCUACUCUGAUAUAGGGCACUUGUUAGACGAGCGAUUCCGCAAUGUGGCCUCCCUCCCUUUCCCUCACAGCCCCGAUCUCAAACGAGCCAUCUGGAACUACAUUCAUUGUAUCUAUGGCAUCAGAUACGAUGAUUAUGAUUAUGGGGAAGUCAACCGGUUACUGGAGCGUGGACUGAAACUUUAUAUUAAAGCUGUGGCCUGCUAUCCCGACUCCAGCAAGACCCCUCUAUGCCCACUGUCCUGGGCCCCUGUCAAAGCUUCAGACAAGGUUCAUGUAAAUUUGUUAGUGAUGGAGGCACGUCUGCAGGCCGAGCUGCUGUACGCACUCAGAGCCAUCACUCAGUACAUGAUCGCAUAGUACACGAGCCUUCAGCGCCACAGAGGGACAUGGUACAACGACAGACAAGGCAAAGAAAUACAAGCAGAGAUCUGUCUCUCUGUCUCUGUAUUUGUUGUCUCUGAGUUUACCGGUGUGACGUAAGGUACUGCUGUGAAACAUUUCUUUGCCAAAGGUGAAACUUAAGAAAAAAAAAAGGUGCAAAGCAGUCUCUCUCACUGUCCUUUGCAUGUUUCUCCUACUUCAUUUUGUUUCUGUAGUUGUCAUUUUUUUGUGUGUGUACUCUUCUUUUUCUACCUUUCCAAUUUUUUUUUUAGUAUCUUUAUCCCGGAUGGUUAAUGUGCAAUUACUUUUUAUUCAGUUGUUGUUGUUGUUUUGCUGUUGCUGUUCAAUUGACUGACAAAGUGAGAGAGAAAGUGUCCAACUGGUCAUGGCCAAUAUGAGUAACUGUUUACAGAAAAUGAGUGAGUUGACAAAGGCUCUCGCUUAACAUGGCUUCCAGAUAUUUCGUUUGAAUGUAGAAUUGUGAGACCAGAGCAAAAUUCAACAAAGAGUAAGAGAAGGUUCAACGGCUGUGACUUUCUUUUCAAAUGAGCACUUUUAAGACCGUGUCUAUCUAUAGAAUAUCUCAAUAAGCUUUCAGCUGUGGCUUCUUUCAGCACACAGCAGGUCAUCUAAGUACUGUUUUCACUCAUUUAGAUCGUUUAGCAUUGAUGUUGUCUUUCGAAAUCUUCCACUCGCUCUUCUCUCUGCAUGGGUGCUGUAAGUGAUUAAAAUGGCUACAUUUAUAGGAUCCAUAAUUAUCAUCUGAUUCAUCUCAGCAGGCAUCUAAACCGCUUUACAAUGUGAUGAUCUAAAUUUGACGGGUUUAAAGCAGUGAAAUGGAAUCGCUUUUUCUGAACUACUUUUCUUUGUGGUCGUGUUCUCAGUGUUUCUCAGUUACUUAGGGCAGACAGUCGGUAUGUAUUUAACUCCAUUACAUCAUAUUGUAACUUGGAAAACUGUUCAAAUACCAUUUAAAAGUAGAUCUUUAAUUUUGAUAGGCCGCAGGUAAUUUGCCCACUGAAGUGAUUCUGAAAGGACCAGCAUUUAGUGUUUAGGUUAAUGUUGUGCUGGCAUCACCAGUGAAAACAUUUGGAUCAGCAACAAUUAGGACUUGUUUUAAAAUAUUUUACCAUGUUAAAAAAAAAAAAAAAAAAAAAAAAAAAAGUCACCUGUGCGAAGGAGCU